AUCUGUCCAAGCUUUUAUUGGAAAUGCUGACCUGGAGUCCACACUCAUCUUCCUAGCUAGCUAUUUAUUUGCUCCUCCUCCACACUCAUCUCUGAUCAAAAUUAAUCAACAAAAUGGCUUUCUUCAUUUGCUUUCUUAUCUUCUUUCUUAUUUCAUCAUCUGCAACUGCUUGUGAUCGUUGCGUCCACCAAACAAGGGCUGCCUAUUUCUCUAAAGCUUCAGCUCUUUCAUCUGGGGCAUGUGGGUAUGGGUCCUUGGCAUUGGGCUUCAAAAGUGGAAACCUUGCAGCUGGUGUUCCUUCCCUGUACAAAGAUGGAGCUGGUUGUGGAGCAUGCUUUCAGAUAAGAUGCAAGAACACAACUCUUUGUAGCGGAAAAGGAACUACAGUGAUUUUGACCGAUCUCAAUCACAAUAACCAGACAGACUUUGUUCUCAGCAGCAGAGCUUUCAUGGCUAUGGCUCGAAAGGGUCUGGGCCAGCACAUUUUGAAACUUGGGAUUGUGGACGUGGAAUACAAGAGGGUGCCUUGUGAAUACAAGAAUCAGAAUUUGGCCUUGAGAGUGGAGGAAUCAAGCCAAAACCCACAGUACUUGGCCAUCAAAUUUCUGUAUCAGGGUGGUCAAACAGAAAUAGUUAGUGUUGAUGUAGCUAAGGUUGGUUCUUCGAACUGGGGUUUCAUGAGUCGGAAUCAUGGGGCAGUGUGGGACACGAGCAGAGUGCCGUUGGGGCCACUGCAGUUCCGGUUUGUGGUGACGGGUGGAUACGACGGAAAGUGGGUUUGGGCCAAAAAGAGUGUCCUUCCGGCGAACUGGAAGGCUGGGGUAAUAUAUGACUCAGGAGUUCAAAUCUCCGAUAUUGCACAGGAGGGUUGCUCUCCAUGUGAUGUUGGGACAUGGAAAUGAGACAUCUUUUGUCACUGCUACUGUGAUUGAAUAUAUAUAUAUAGGUCUUGAUUGGUUAAUUUAGAAGUUUAGGUAAUACGAAAUAAAUAAAUAAUUUGGAAUGGGUAGCUUUUCGGGUACGUUUUGGAAUUUUGGACUUUGUCACAUGUCACAUACAAUGUUCUAUAUAUCUUGAUGUUGUCUAACAUAUUUCUUUCAAUGUUAUAAUAAAAUAUUCGACCCUUUAUCAA